CUAAUACCAAUACUGGUGCUGGUAGUGGUCAUUCUGAUCUGAGUAAAAAUAAAGAAGCUGAACGUGUACGUAUGCGUGUUCGUCAACUCUUGGAUGGUUUACAUCAAAACAAUUCAAAGAGUUUAACAUCAUCAUCACUCUCUUCAACUUGUCCAGAUGCGAUUGUAGCCAACAAUGCCACUAAUCCGAUAUCAUCAAAUCAAUCACUAUUCUCUAGUGGAAAACGUUCAAUCCUACCGGCUGGAUCUAAAGUAUUGACGAAUUCAAGUUUAAAUACACGACAUUUACAGAUUACACGUCAGUUGACA